AUGAAGUGGUUGAUUCUUAGUUUGAGUUUUGUGGCUUUGGCAGCGGCACAGGAUUGGCAGAUUCUGCCAAAUUGCGAAGGGAAGGAUUGGCAGUACUUCCCGGAUCCCGUUAGCAAUUGCCGCAGUUACUUCCGCUGCGAAUACGGGCGUCCUGUGCGCCAUGACUGUGACCAUGGGUUGCUCUUUGACACCAACACCAUGUCAUGCAACUGGCAACAAGCUGUUCACUGCACUCCUCCGCCCAAUUAUCCUCAACAACCUCCAGCACAGCAGCCACCGCAUCAUCAGCAACCACCUGUGCAGCAUCCAAUGGGUUGGUGCCCCCCACAUGAGGAUCCCCAAUUCCCCACACACCUGGCAGACGCCCACGACUGCACAAAGUUCUUCAAGUGCCUCAAUGGGCGCCCCAUUCCGCAGAAUUGCCCCUCAGGUACACACUGGAAUGAUUCCAAGAAGUACUGCGAUUACCCCGGUGUAGCCCAGUGCUGGAAGCGCAUGAAGACCAUCCGCUAG